GUUUUACUAUUAAAACACUAUUGGUGGAGAGCUGAGUUCCUUAUGUACAUAGGAGUGAAUAUUCCUUGCAAAUGACGUUCGAAGGGAUUACACUGAUUGGAUUCAUUACUAGCUUGACAAGUGAUGACAGGAAACAGUAACGUGGCACAGCUGUACUCGAAGGAUCGAUGAUUCGAGAUGAUAAUAAUGGAGUUUAUCAUUCUUUAUACUUCUAUGCUGUUCUGCUUCGUCAAUACUCACCAAUAUGUAAAUCACAACCUCCAAAAUGAGCAAUGUUAUCAGCGACAAGACGAACGGAUUUUGUCGAGACGCCAUCUCGGGACCGGAAAGGGGAACCCUUCUUAUUCAUCAAACUUGAAGCUUGCAGCGUUCAACGUACAGACGUUCGGAAGACGAAAAAUGAAUUCUCCUGGUGUACCUACAAUUCUUGUUAAGGUAGGUUGCGAUAUAAGCUGAAAUAGCCAUAACCAAGAUUUCUUAAGCCUGCAGUCGAAUUUCUAAUUUUCAAACGAGUACUAGAACUCCCUUGAAGAUCUAAUUCCCACAACGUGACGAUACUUAAUAUAGUUCCGCCUAAUUUCGACUCACUGAAGCAGAAUGCUCGCUGCUUCUUCGCCGAGUUUUAACGACAUUCAUUAUAAUACAUAGGCGUUGGCGUUGACCAAGCAUGAGUUUGAAAGAUAUGCGUCAUUGACCAAGCGUGCGUCAAGAUCUAAUGUAAUAUUAAGCCUUUUCAAGGCGUUCAGAUAGGAUGAGAGCGUGGGUAAAAAAUAGACCGAGGGGAGAAAAGAGGGGGAGAGUGGGGUGUGGCCAAGGGAACUUGUUCCCUGUCCUUCCUUCCCCCUCUUCCUUUUUUAUCCCUUCGCUCUCCAUUAUUGCGUCACACUUCACUACCUGACCUAGCUGGAUCGUUUUUCGUCUCGGCCCAUAAGAGCGCCCAAAAUCCAGCCGUCUUGACCAAACAGGCUUGGCCAAUGAAGCUUUGAACUUUCUCUUGCGGGACCAAAGCGGGACAUCCCGAGCGGGCAAGUUAGGCCCAUCUUACCCGCUCGGGUAGCCAAUCACAAAACACAGGAUUCGUUUCAUCUUGCCCGCUCGCAGAUUCAGCCAUAUCACAUGCCAAAUAAUCACCAAGUUCUUUUUCUCUUUGCAUUUUGGGGUUUACGGAGGUACAGACUAACAAGCUAGACUUUCAAUUUCAAUUUCUUUACUCAAGAGCCAUGGCUCUUGCUUUACUGUACUAUAAGAAAUUUGGUUUACCAUUGUAUAAGAACCUGCUCCUGGUAAGAACUUGUGAUGUCUGUUUUCAUUUGGUAGCUAUUAGUCUCCUAGGUUGUAUACUUUUGUGUUUCCUUAUUUUUUGGAGAGCAUUACUGGUUCUUACACUGAGGGUGAAAAAUUUAAUAUAGUAAUACAAAUUUUUAUUCUUACUUAUUCAAAAUGUUUCUCCGUCUCUGAUUGGCUUAAAUCCCCUGGUUGAUUUUUCAUAACCAGCUGGCUUUUACCAGUUAAUAUGAAAGACAUUUGUGAAUAAUCAGUAAAAUGAUGUCAGUGGUAUUGGGACAGGACAGUAACCGAAAAGCCCUAAGGACAAGCUUGCAUUAGCUCAGCUGUUUUGUAAAACUUCACACAUUAUGCAAAGUUCUGCCCAAAGGAAUAGCAAGAACAGGAAAAAAUGCAACCAGGAGCCGAUUCAGCACAAUGGAUAACAACUACUAACUGAAAAAUUUUUGCUAGACUCACUCAACUUUCCAUUGCCAUCCAACAUACCGGUAAUUCUUUCUUACACCAACACAUCCCGCGUAAAUACCGUCGGGCGUCUUCUUAUUCUUUCAUGUUACGCUUACGCUAAAUAGAUAUAUCCUUCAUGUAAUAGUAAUAUAUUGUUUAUCUCUCUGUAUACUCCUGUGUACCCUGUAUACCCACGUAUAGUAUACCAUGUAUACCCAUGUAUACCAUGCAUAUCCUGUAUACCAUGCAUAUCCUGUAUACCAUGUAUACCCUGUAUACCGAUGUAUGCCCUGUAUACCCUGUAUUCCUAUGUAUACUCUGUAUACCCUGUAUUCCCAUGUAUACCCUGUAUACCGAUGUAUACCCUGUUUACCCAUGUACACCCUGUAUACCAAACCACCCAGAUACCCUUAGGCAACUAAGCCUUCAAUUCAGUUGCCUCGUCCCCAGUCGCUCACGAUCACGUUUUGCGUGCAAAGGAAGUCGGGGAAAGAAUAAAACACGGGCGAGGCGCCGGCAAGGCGCGAGAAGUGGGGCGCUUUCCAUUCAACAAAAAUUCCGCUUUGAAUUUUGGAAAAUCCACGUGCCCAAUGAAACGGUACAUUCUGGUUGCACAGACCCGACCCAAGCCACCACGUAUUUGGUUAUCAUUUGGUUAUCGUUUUUGUAAGCAGGAUACAAAAGAGCUGUGCUGAGGACAACAAUUUUGUCGAAUUAUGGAAAGGGACAUUUCGGUCCGUUCUAACGAAAUGACCAGAUCGGUCAAAGUAGACCACCUUCAAAGCUGGUUCCGAAUAUUCCGGUCGGACCAAACCGUGAUGGUCCGUACCAUUUGAUGUACCUACCGAAAUUUCAGCUUUGAGGAAUAUUUGAGUUAAUAAUUAAGUAGCCUGUUCCAGGCUCUCACAUAGUAGGGAUGACGCAUAAGUGAAACGCACGCGAAAUAUGAGCGGGUGAUCAGUUUCCUCACGUUUUAUUUUGGCAAACCGGUCGAUUCGUGGUGUUGGUAAAUGGUUCGCAAAGUUCAGGACUGGCAAAUUUCGUCCUGGAAUCGCGUUUACCAUUUGUACAAAUCAGUUCCACGUACCCGAAAACGGCUGGCAAGGCCUGAAACUGGUAUCAAAGAUGGCUUUGAAGAAAUGGAACACAAAUUUCCUUUUGGAAUAUUCCAUCCGCAAAAACAGGACUACUUUUUUAGAUGUUCCGUUGCUCUCGGAAAUUGUCCGCUGGAAAGACCCAAAAAGUCGUGUUCCAUUUACUUUCCAACCAGAUUUCCCGGAAAUUUUUGUAAACAACCAAUUUCACGGACCCGACUAUCUCGAAGUCUGGAAGAGGCUUAUUAUCAAGGAAAGCGCGAGAACUGAGUGAUGGCUCCCCACUCGCGCUUCGCUUGGCUCCAGUACGCGGUUCCCCACUAAGCCUAGCUUGGGAAAGCCCGCGAUGGCGGAUCCAGGGGAGGGACCCGGGGGGCCGCACCCCCCUUAUUUCUAGACCAAACUGAGGCCCGAAAGGUCGAAAAUAAUUUUUUGGAGACCGCCCCCACCCCCCCGCCCCUUAUCACGGAAAGUUCCAUAAUGCUUACAGCUUAUUGAUGCCUGGUCACAAAUUCCAGCACUCAACGGACCCUCAAUGUAUUUUCUAGCAUUUUUCCUAAAUUUGCAAUUUUUAGCUUCAGUGACAGUGGCCGGAUUUUCAUUAUUUUCUAAUUAGUCCCCGAUGGAGGUUUAAUUGCAAAUCAAAACAUUUGUUUGAAUAUAUGGGCUCUUGAUAUAUGCUUGUUUCCUUUUUGCAAGACAGAAUGUUUCAUCCGAUAUCCAGACUACAUUUCUUUCCGUUUUAAAUUUUGCAGAUUAUUCUUCGAUAUGACGUCAUUCUCAUUCAGGAAAUUCGUGAUUCCUCAGGAAAAGCAAUUGUGGACUUACUGUCUUUAGUAAACAAGUGAGUGUCGGUGUAUACUAAUGAAUGUAGCCCUCGUUCGCUGGAAAAAUAAGUAGAGUAUCUCUAAGUAGAGGGUGGAAAGUAGAGAGAUACUGGAAAGGGGAGAAAGAUUAGACUGUAAAGUGGAGAUAGAGAAAUUGGACAGAAAGAUUGGUUCUUCACUUAUGGUCGCGCGCUAAUUGAGUUGAGCCGUACACCUGCCUCGAAUGUCGGCUAGCUCCAGCCUCGUUCCCAAUCGUCCUCGGUGAUCUCGGAUGUGAGGUAGCCGGUCAAGCUUGUCGGACGCGCUUGGUUCCAAACCUCCUCUGCAUACUCGGAUAGCGCGAACUGGGCUGGGACUAGUGCAAUUUAGUGCCAGUCCAUUAUCAGAAAUACCAAAAUUUAGGCGAGGAACGGAAACAAAGUUGGUCUUUUUUCCAUAUAUACAAGGGUCAGAGGGACUAAUUCUAGACCUCUCUCCUCCCUUGUUGUUAAUUUACUUUCUCCCGCACCGCUCUCUCCUCCGCAGAGGUUCCCGCUGGGUAUCCCAUAAAAAUAGCAGUAAUGAAAAAACAGGAGGCGCGCGGGGGACGAUGGGAAGAGGGAAAUAACAGGACCCUCUGUUUUCUCUUCCCCCUUACCAUCGUGCCCUGCGCGUUUUUUUUUUUCUUUCUGCCGGCCUCCCUACGACGAAAAGAGGCCUCUACGAAGGAGAGAGCCCGCACCGUCUUUCUCAUCGUGGCUUUUAUUCUAGUUGUGUUUAAGUGGCCUCGGUAGCUGUAGUCGGCCCAGGUCUUCAGAAAACCAUGAAGUUAAGUUUAACCCUGGGUGAAGACAAAUUUUAAGCAGUAUUCUUGACUGUAAAAUGGAGCUGGAGCUUAUAAAGUACUGUCGAGGGUUUACUUCAAAAUCCGGUUAUUUUGGCAGAAAAUGACACUCAUAACAAUGUAUUGAAAAGCAAGUACACUCGUGGAUUAAAUAGAUAAAUAAAUAAAUAAAAUAAUGAUUUGGAGGCAUCACAUCCACAAAGUGAUUCUUCGUCUACCUGAUUCCUGGUCGAAUUUGAAUUAGAAUUAGAAUUUGGUUGAUUGAAUUGGAUUAAAAUUUUUAUCCUGGAUAAUUAGCGCUAGUCGGCCCUUAGAAACUGAGCCCUGACCUCUAUCAGACUCUAUUCUACUCAAUCGUAAUGCUGUUUCAGGUUUUUUACGAGAUUAUUUUGUUUGAUUGCUGUUGUUUUUUUUAUUCAUAUUACAGAGCAUCAUCAAGAGGGCAAUAUGACCUGGAAAUAAGCCCUCGGUUAGGAAGAACCUUCAGCAAAGAGCAAUACGCGUUUUUGUACAGGUGAUAAGUGGAUAGUUUCUCUUGUUUUGUGUGCCAAAAAACUCUCAGCAAGCUCUCAGCCCGCAAUCAGAGGGUAUUAGGAUUUCCAGCGAAUAAAUAGUACUGGUGAUGACGAUGUGUCAAUUUACAGGAACAGUGAAGCCGCACGUUUUACGAGAAAACAAAGACUGUUUAAUAGUAAGGCAAGACUAUCUUCAGCCUCCCCACUUCCAGUCUUUAGCUAUAGGCAGUCCCCCCGCCCGCCCCAUCGACCCCUCUCCAUGAGUAAAUCAGGUUACGCCGUUUUCUGUUAUUGGACUGAGUAUUUCAACUUCAUUUUCGGUUUCUGAGCCAUUCAGUACUUCUCCUCAAUUAUAAGUAUAUACCACGCGGAACAACAUUGUCAAAAGAACUUGUAGCUGUAAGGGAAGAUGCUCAAUUUUAUAUAGGUAGUAUACUGGCGAACAUAAGCAGGCUAUUUUAAAGGUUUUACGUUUUCAGUGGUUUUACGUUUUUCGCCCAUAGGAGAGACGUUUUAUCUGUGAAAAAAUCUUACGUUUACGAUGAUGGCCAGGAGAGUGAGAAGAACGACACGUUUGAAAGGGAACCAUUCAUUGUGCACUUCAAGCCGACAACGACAAGUAAGUAAUGGUCUCAUUUUAUCAAUGGUCCAAUGAGUUAACUCUUGGAUAAGCAUACGUGAACGUUUUCCUGUAUAUCGUGAGUCACAGAAUGAAGCGGGAAAUAGUAUUGGUAGUCUUCAUGAAGAGCUAUGUUUACUGACAGGAUUAUCGAGGUAGACACCUAACAUGUUUGGCACCUUGUCUUUCGGAAAAAAUGUUGUAGAUGACCCCUCUGUAGGUAUGACCCGGCCAGAAACCAGAAAAGUUGAAAGAAAGAAAUUGGUCACGGAGUACCUGCAAGCUGAGUUUUAUGUUAGGCUAGGUACAAAACGAAAAGAAGGAAGUAAUUAGGCCUUUCCAGAUUCUGCUCCGAAAAAGUCAAAAGUUGCUUAAAAUUGAAAAAAGUUGCUCAAAAAUUUUGUGAAGUCGCUCGAAUAUUUUUAAGACAGCAUGUUUAAUUUAAUUUUUUUUAUUUUUAAUUUUUAAUGAUGUACUAGUGAGCAGCACACUUACACUUCCAGUGAACAUUUUCACUUGGAAGAAGGAGAAACCAUGCACGCCCGGGGCAACCAAAUUUUUUUUUUAAAUAAAAAGUUUUACUAGAAAGAUGUUUAGAAUUUUAACCAAAAGAAUUUUAACUUGUUUAUUUUUUAAAAAAGGGGUUAUUCAGCAUUUUGGUUCAAAAUAGCCCAAAAGUUACCAAAAAAGUGCUAGUUUUCCGAAAAGUUGCUACUGAGUUGCUCUCUGACAAAAAAGUUGCUCAAAAUCCUAAAAGUUGCUAAAAGUUGCCGAGUAGAAUCUGGAAAGGCCUAUCCCCAUAAACGUAACAACUUUCUUUAUUUUACCAUGACAUGUUGCCAUGUUUCGACGGUACAUCCGUCAUCUUCAGUGUUACAAAUUUUGAAAUCGCCGUUGAAUUUAAAUCGCGCGCGAUGUUACAAAGUUCGUUACAUUGCGUUGGCAAUAUUGCGUACUGAAAAGUUUAAAAUAAGUGACGCUUAGCUACUUACAGGGAGAGAGUCAGGUUUAUGUGUUUCACCUGCUGGUUGAGGUCGGGUUUCCCCCAUUUUAUGAACGUAGAUUCCUUGAGCUUCACCUGGCCUUAGUAACUUUACAUAUGUUGUUCAGAACUAAACUCGCGGAAUUUCAUUGCAUUCCAGAUGUUACGGAUUUUGUCCUUGUUGCCAUACACACUUCUCCAUCUAAAGCCCCUCAGGAAAUCAACGAGCUCGCGAAUGUAUAUGACGACGUCAUCAAGAGGCUCAGAAUAACAGAUGUCAUCAUUCUUGGGGACUUAAACGCGGCCUGUAGCUACAUGAGUGACAACGACUGGCGGACAAAUCGUUUGGCUAAUGACAAACGAUUUCAUUGGCUCAUUUCUGACUGUGUUGAUACUAGUCUGGCAGGAGGACAUUGUGCUUAUGAUCGGUGGGUUAAAUAGGUCAUUUCUGAAUUCCAAAAACCCUCACUUUCAAAACGAGGCUAAUUGUAGACCUUUCUUGUAAAAUGAGUUUUGUCUCAUGAGAAGUGCGCUGCGCUUCUGUGCUGGAGUUACAUAGUGUUGACCUCAGUCCUUUUUUCGACUUCUUUUCUUUUCGUGUACCUUUAAAUAGCUUUAAAUACCUGUAAAACGGAGCACUGAUGGAGAGAGAAAGGGGAUAAAAUGAGAGCAUCUUGGGCCUCAGGUUUGUCAGUCAGGCCCCGGCUUUUCAAACGUUGGAUAGCGCUAUCCACUGGAUAACUUUCGAAUAAAACCUCUUUCACCGAGAUUUCGCUCGUUGUCAUUUGCUUUUCAGAAUUAACAUAACAAAAGAAAUCCUCCAUCCUGAAUUUUGAUCUAAGGAAUACUGGACAGUAAUCAAAGUUUACUGUGUUAGUUCCUAUGUGGCUUACAUUUCAGAUUCGUUGCUGCCGGAGAUGCCAUCGUGGAAUCCAUAGUUGAAUCGAGUGCGGGAAGUUUUGAAUAUGAUCAAGUUUUGGGCGUCAAGGAAACUAUGGUGUCGUAUAUUUAUUGUUUGUUACUUUCUCUUUUCCAUUUUUUGCAUGCAGUCAUCCUAUUUUAAUUAUUGCAUAGAAAAGACUGCAUACAUCUCUGUUAAAGCCCUACCGGUUAUAAGCCCAUCCAAGUUGUGAACAGGAAUUUUAUUUCGGUUGCAAGUACGUCCUCCACAGUUUUAGGUCCCAUCUAUAUGUAUCUCUAUAUGAACCACAACAUAUAUAUCUUGUUCUGUACUUGAAGUUAAAACUUUCUUGGGAGUGUCAUAUUAACGAAAUCUCUAAGAAGAUUGCUUCUGGCAUAAGUGCGAUUAAGCGUAUUAGGUAUUUUCUCCCUUUUGAGAUUCUACUUAACGUAUACAAUUCACUGGUACAGCCACACUUUGAUUACUGUAAUGUAGUGUGGGGAAACUGUUCUAAGAACCUAUCUUCUAAAUUGCAGAAAUUGCAGAAUCGCGCCGCCCGCGUUCUGACUUUCUCUAAUCAUGACUGCAGUACUAGUGAAUUAUUUCAAAAAUUAAAGUGGUCGAAACUUGUCCAUCAGCGCGCAGUUAGUAAAGCAAUAAUGAUGCAUAGCAUUGUAAAUAACACUGCUCCAGAAUAUCUGACUUCGCGUUUUGUUCGUCGCUGCGAUUUAACCAGUUAUAAUCUUAGAGAAAAUGAAUACAAGCUCGCUGUUCCAAAACCCCGUACUGAAUUUUAUAAAAGAAGUCUUUCUUACAGCGGAAGUGUGUUAUGGAACGGCUUGCCUCUGGAGGUGCGGCAAUUGACAUCCCCUAAUAUAUUUAAGGGAAAAUUAAGAGACGUAAAUUUCGAUUGACAAAUAAUUUAAUUAGCGAUUUUCUGUUUUUAUACACGGCCUCCUUGAAAAGCAGGUGUUUUCUUUUCAUCUUUAUUAUUUUAGUUUUUAUCUUAGAUUUUAGAUUAGUUAGGAAGUUAGUUUUUCUAUUCUUCAAUGUAAUGUAUACCUGAAGGAAAUACCGUGUUUAAAUAAAGUUACCUUACCUUACCUUACCUUACUGUGGAGCCUUGAACUUUUUUCUUUGACUGAAAUUAAGUACUUGUCGUUAUGAGCUUGUUUGAGACAUAUAAGCUUAUACGCUUCCCAGGAAAUAACACCAUCCGGCAAACCCUUUACGAAAUUUUAUCAGCCUCGGUAUUAUAACCUGGAUUUUACGGUUAUUUAGUUACCAAUACAAUUCAUUCUACGCAGGCAUCCAAGGUUAGUGAUCACUAUCCAAUUGAAAUGCAACUUCUUUCGAAGAGUAAGUAUGGAUCAGCUUUUCUUUUACUCAGUUCAAGAACGGCCAAUCAAAAUGAAAAUCUGUAAAAAUUACAGAGGAUAAAAACCACUUUUAGAAAACUGUGCAGUAAAGUUCACGCAAUUUACAACGAUAGGGCCUGUUUACGCAUCUCAUUGCAAUCACAAGCUUUUCUCCCUUUUUUUGGAUUUCGUCCUAGUAAAAAAUGGAGCGCUGAAGCUUGCUUCGAAUGCAUAAACCCUUCCACAUGUAAUGCAAAUUGAUGACGACGAUGGUUGUAAUAGCUGAUCGUGGGCGACUCGAUGGUUGGGCAGCGGAUCUUAAUUAUGAUGGAUCAGGGGCACCCAACGGCAAUUUUCGGGAAAAUAUCUGUUGGAAGACGAUUUGAGAACUAGAAUUUUCGGAACAUUUGUUGUAAAAUUUCUUGCUUGCCUGCCUCUCCUAGGAUUUUCGAACAUCUUCAAAAUGGUAUAAUUACCCAUUUUAAACGGAUAUUUACCCUAAAAAAGGCCACCUAGAAUUUUCGGGAGCCUUUUCCUGGCUGAAAUUUUCGAAAAGGUAAGUUUUCAUCCCUAUAAUUUUCGGAUCACUAGACUUUCAGCUAGGAAAUCCGAACAGAUGAAAAGUUUUUAGGGGAUAAAAAGAUGCCUAUAUCUACCGUUUAAAUACUAAAAUACGUUCAACAAUGCUAUGUUAAGUGGUUUUGAACUAUAUCCUCGUUGGGUGCCCCUGAUGGAUUGAUGACGUUGCAGUGCAUACAAGUAAUAUAAAUCAAGUACAUUCCGUUCGUAUGAACGUAUUGCUAGAUCAACUACUUACUUGAAGAACUGCUACGCGGAGUUAUUAAUCGAAUACUUCAAAUGAUUGAACUGCCCCUUUUAAAACCUGGCUUCAGCGGACAAUUCUUAAUGAAGUUAAUAAUCAAAGUUAAAAUGUCUAAUAAAAGAUAUGAGAUGUUCAUUUUUUUUCUUCUCUGCAAUCGCAUUUUAUUUAAGGAUCAAGAUACAAAACAUCUCAUCGCCAUUUUUCUGUUUUCUCUUUGCUAGGCAUGGCAUCAACUUUGAAGAACAUAAACAAGGCGGUUGAAUACACGUUUAAGAUGAAAAAUCCUCCCAGCUUGAACAAAAAGACCGUUUUUGGAAUGAGGAAGACCUUGAAACAACGAAAAUUUGCGGUGAAAACGACCUACUCCAGUACAAGGUCUAUCAGCGGCGUGACAUUCAGCAAAACCUUUAAUAACAAAACAGAAGCUUUAAACCUUCUCUAUGAAAUUAAAGAUAAAACUCAACCUGUAAACAUGGUUUCUUUUGACCAGAUUCAAAUGGCGGAAUUUCAGAUUAAAGGGCCGUGGGGCGAGGAUCGAAAACUGUCAGCUAACAGUUUUGGAGUGGUUAAACUUGUUUGCGAAAUUCUACCCUCGGUCAGCUGCUGGGUUGCUUUAACAAUGUAA